GAUUGUAAUUUCAAUUUGUAUGUAUGUUUAAUCUUGUUAGUUAAUUUCCCUCUUCCUGUACUGCACUUUGAAUAGCCAUCCAUCCAUCCCACAUCAUUCACUUUUCCCUCUACCCCCUCCCUUCCCCUUUCCCACCUCUUUUUAAGUAUACUGCUACCACUCCUCACACCUCUCCUCCACUGUCUCUCUCUCUCUCUCUCCCUCCCUCCCUCCCUCUUCCUAUACGCUGCUCAAAAUGCAGCUAAAUUUGGUGGUCAGGCUAUGGGUCACUGUGGCGGCGCUCCUUUUAGCCAUUGCUGGAGCUGAAGAUCCGUACAGGUUCUUCAACUGGAAUGUCACUUACGGAGACAUCUACCCUCUCGGUGUUCGCCAACAGGGCAUUCUCGUCAAUGGCCAAUUCCCAGGCCCUGAUAUCUACUCGGUUACCAACGACAAUCUCAUCGUCAAUGUGUUUAACAGCUUGGAUGAGCCCUUUCUCCUCUCCUGGAGUGGGAUUCAACAGAGGAGGAAUUCCUAUGAAGAUGGAGUCUAUGGAACAACAUGCCCAAUUCCUCCAGGCAGGAACUUCACUUACAUCCUCCAAGUGAAGGACCAAAUUGGAAGCUUUUACUAUUUCCCUUCCCUUGCGUUCCACAAGGCCGCCGGCGGCUUUGGGGGCAUCCGAAUCCUCAGCCGGCCCAGAAUACCCGUCCCCUUCCCCGACCCUGCUGGCGACCACACCAUCCUCAUCGGGGAUUGGUACAAAUCUAAUCACACGGAUUUGAAGACAAAAUUAGACCGAGGCAAGAAGCUACCGUUUCCUGAUGGCAUUCUUAUCAAUGGCCGUGGGCCUAAUGGUUUUUCCCUCACAGUUGAACAGGGAAAGACUUAUCGGCUUAGAAUAUCGAACGUCGGAUUGCAGAAUUCACUCAACUUCCGGAUUCAAAACCACAAGAUGAAGUUGGUGGAGGUGGAGGGAACACACACUCUCCAAACCACCUACUCUUCCUUGGAUGUUCAUCUUGGACAAUCUUACUCGGUUUUAAUCACUUGUGAUCAGCCAGGCCAAGACUACUACAUAGUUGUCUCUACCCGUUUCACCUCUCAGGUCCUCACCACCACUGGCGUUCUUCACUACAGCAACUCUGCGGGUCCGGUCUCUGGGCCACCUCCCGGUGGCCCGACCAUUCAGAUCGACUGGUCCAUCAACCAAGCUCGAUCCAUCAGGACUAAUCUGACAGCCAGCGGGCCGAGGCCUAACCCGCAAGGCUCAUACCACUAUGGGCUCAUAAACACAACCAAGACCAUCAGGCUGGCCAGUUCUGCUGGCCUCAUCAAUGGCAAGCAAAGAUACGCAAUCAACAGUGUCUCCUUUGUGCCGGCAGACACUCCUCUCAAGCUGGCAGACUUCUUCAAGAUCAGCGGCGUUUUUCGCGUCGGAAGCAUAGCCGAGAACCCUUACGGUGGCGGAAUGUACCUUGACACGGCGGUGAUGGGCAUCGACUACAGGGCAUUCAUUGAAAUUGUUUUUGAAAACUACGAGGACAUCGUUCAAAGUUACCACUUUGAUGGCUACUCUUUCUUUGUAGUCGGAAUGGAUGGAGGGACGUGGUCGACAGCCAGUAGGAAUGAAUAUAAUCUCCGAGAUGGAGUCGCUCGAUGCACUGUCCAGGUGUAUCCGAAAUCAUGGACGGCCAUUUAUGUAGCGCUGGACAAUGUGGGAAUGUGGAAUCUGAGAUCGGAGUUUUGGGCACGACAGUAUCUGGGACAACAAUUUUACCUUAGAGUUUAUACGGAUUCUACUUCGCUAAGGGAUGAAUAUCCCAUUCCAAAGAAUGCUCUGCUUUGUGGCAGGGCGAGCGGCCGACACACUCGACCCCUCUGAACACUAGAAAGUUCCUAAAUUAGGUAGUAGAAAAAGGGGUCCACGCGGGCACUGCUGGGGGGGGGGGGGGGGGGGGGGGGUACUUGGGUUUGGUUAUUCCUUAUUCGAGGUUUAUUCAAUUCCGUGACAGAGGUAUGAUAGUAGAAUGUUGAGUGACCUUAACUCGAGGUCACAUAUAUUCAUAUAAUAUAUAUACUUAUAUAUUCUUUUAGCUUUCAGUUCUAAGAUUGUAUUCCUUUCCUCGUGCCUCCAUCUCCAUGUUAUUUAAGUUUUCUUUGCAAUAGCUAAAAAGUGGUCUUCGAACUUGGGCGGGUGCGCGCAGCAGCUAUUUUGUAAUGAAUAAUAAUAAAUACUGUGUCGUCUAUGCACUUGUAUUAUUAAUUAUAUCAAUUGCAUCGUACCGUACGUAUGCCAUUUCCUUG